AUGCUGCGGACGCGCGGCGCCGGGGCGGGCGGGGCACUGCGCGCAGGUCGCCUGCGCUAUGGGGUGCAUGUUGCUGCCUGUGGCGGGCCAGCUGUGCGUGCUGCAGGCAGAUGGCUCGUGCGCCCCGGAGGGCCGGAUGCCCUUCCCGAAGGUGCCCGAUUUCGACCGGUGCUCCUUUCAUUACCAGAAGCAGCGGGCCGCGUCCCUCGUGAUGUUGGAACACGUCGCCGAGUUGGGCCGAGAUCGGGAGGGGCACGACAAGCGCGGAGAGCCUCCUGCGGGCUUGGAUUUGUUGGCGUCGAACGGGCCCUUCUUGCUCCACGGACCAUGGCCCUGGACCCGACCAGCCACCCGAAUGCCAGCGCCCAGCGCUUCGAGGGCCUGGCGGGCAGGCUGCCCCAGCCUUCGGUCUCGCCGUGCCCGCCGCGGCCAAAGCUGCAGGGCAGGGUCGUCCAGGCAACGAAGGUAGAAGAGGUGACAUUUCCUAGCCUUCUGCGGCUUUGCCUCUGGUACGACAAGCCUCUGGUCGUGUGCUGCCUGGCCAACACACCCUUCAGGCCGGUCUUGCGGAGCAUCUUCCUGAAGGUCACGGAGCCGUUUCUGGACCGCGCCGUGUUCGUCCUUGCGGAGGAUCCUGACUUGUACGAGUACGCCAUCACUCAGCACAUCAACACGCUGAAGGGCACCAGGGUUGCAUACUACGCCGACCACGCGAUGCGGGCCCUCAACCCGACGGACUCGUUCAACUGGGACCCCAUAAACCACCGCUUGGACGACCAGGCCGGCAUCACCAAGUUCCUCGAGGAUCGGAGGACCACCUCCUCCUGGAGGCCACGCGCCGCGACACCAUCGUGCCCUGCGCCGGCUCGGAGGGCGAGGCGGCGCGCCGGAAGAGGCGCCCGAGCCGAAAGAGGGCGAAGGCGAUGCUGAAGGAGAGGCGGCGAAGGGCGAGCUGCCCCUGCCGCCGCGACCAGCCACGCCGCUGCAGGUUCCUUUUGUCGAUCCGCUGCCGAUGGAGGACUUCGCCGCCGUGCCUCGCCUGACGGGGGUGUCUUCGAUCGAGUUCGUGCACCGCUACUUCCUGCGGGGGCACCCAGUGGUGCUGACCGACGGAAUGGAGAGCUGGCCCGCAUUCAAGACUUGGAAUCGCGUCUGGAUGAACAAGAGAUUCAGGAAGUGAAAGGAGAAGCAACGGCGUAAUCAUGAGCUUUCGAAUGUCCACGCGAAUUUCUUGGAUCGGCGUUGGACCCGUUUGGCGGCGUCUCCAGCGCAGCCGCUGGCGCGCUCCGCGCUCUAGGGACGGGUGUCCAGCGCGGAUCCGAGAAAUCCUAGCGGGCCUGCAAAAGUGUAGGUUUAUGUUGUGUUUGUCGUUCCUCUAGGAAGGAGAUCAUCGAGGAUGGCUACCGUGCAGAUGACGACGUGGCGAGCAACUGGAUAGUCGCCUCUCCGCUGCUGCGGAAGAAGCUGUCCAGGUGGUACUCCAUACCCUACCUGUGGAACCUCGGGGCUUGAACUUGUCGUCCACCGCGCCCAUGGCAGCGCCUUACUUCUACGGCUCGCCGAACAAGGGAUAUGCUAGCAAAACGGGGGAAGCACCUGGAUACCAACUGCCACCAGACAUACAGCCGCGCAGCUGGAGGGGACCAAGCAGUGGGUGCUCUGGCCCCCGCCCGACGCGGACCCAGAGCUGAAGCCCAUGAUCGCGGUAUUACGGCCUGGAGACAUCAUUACUGUGGUAUUCGGGUUGGUGGCACGAGGCCCGGACGGUCGACGACAACCAUAGCUUGGCCUUCACGGACUUCUUCUCCCACCCCGCGCCCACGCCUUUUCUGUGGGCGAACCGCAGGUUCCUCCUGAGCCAGCACUACUACGCGACGUGCGGGACCGUGUGGAGGCUGCAGACUGGGCUGCCCUUCGACGAGAGGACCGACUUCUCCCCAUUCGCGCAGGAGGCGCAGGGGAAGCCGGCGGCGAGGACGCGGUGAGCAGGCGGCUCUUCCCGUGCUUGGACUUGGCGCGUGCGCUGGCCGGCCCAGGGUCAUGCGCCGUGAUGUUCGGGCGGGCAUCCCUUGCGCAUUGUCGCCGAGCGUGCCGCUUCUUCCCUGCUGGCUGCUGCCAUGAGGCGAAGCGCUGGGUGGGCAA